AUGUCAAACUAUACUGUUGCGUCGCUUAAGAGAGUGUCUGCGAAGGCGCUCUCUGAGAAGAUUCUGGAAGAGCAGGAGCAGGCAGAGCCUAGUUUUGCCGUGAUUGAUGUUCGAGAUGUCGACUACAUCGGCGGCCACAUCAAAGGCUCAACAAACAUCCCCUGCAACAAAAUCGACGCCCUCAUGCCCACCCUCCUCCGCAAAGUCAAGGACAAGAAGACCGUCAUCUUCCACUGCGCGCUGAGCCAGCAGCGGGGCCCCUUUGCGGCCCUUAAGUACCUGCGCGAGAGAGACGGCCUGCUGGCGGCCCUGGGCGAGGCGCCGCCGGCGGACCAGGAAGUUCUUUUGCUGGAGCGUGGGUUUACGGGGUGGCAGGAGGAUUACGGCGAGGAUGAGAGGCUGACGGAGGGAUUUCGGAAGGAGAUUUGGAGGUGA